CGUACCAUGUUUUCAUAUGCAGAAAUUGACAGUGUUUCGACAAUAUUGAGUCAGCAAUUGGUCCAAACUCCGCUCGGAUAUUUUCGUUCGAUCGCAGACCUUCAGAACCGCAUUGAUUUUCAACUACUCUUCUAGGGCCGUGGACACAGCCAUCAUCAUGUACGGGCCAGCACCGCCGGGCCAAUUUUGUCGGACUUCUAUACCUUCCCUAUCUGAGCUAGUGAUAGUCCCGGGCAUCGCACAGACUACCUGCCGCUGCAACACUCUCGAAAAUCAACGACACCGCCAAGGUUAUCGAUUCAGCAAAAAUGGGUCUCAUUUCUGCCGCCAACCAGCCCACCAACUAUGGUGGUUUCACAAACAGCGGCCCGCAACACCAAAGUAACGGCGGUCGUGGACCAGCUGCUGCCACUAGCAACUUCACGGAUUUGAACAACAGUCGUGCCUGGGACGUGCGGGGCGGCGGCCAAGGUCAAUCGGCCGGCAACAGCGGACGUUACGCUGCGGGGGGACCCUCGACUCCCGGAAACAGUCUCGUCCCCGCCAAGAGCAACACCGAGGUCUGCCGUGUCCAGAAUGCGCCGUACCUCAUCGAGCAACUGCGCCAGCGUCAAGAGACUCACAUCACCCCGCACAUCGACCGCGAGCGGGACGAGACAAUUGUCCAGCAGGUCAUCCAGCCCAUCAAGGACCACGUCGUUGCCGAGCCCGUUCACCACCACGCGCAGGCGGCUCUUGUCUCUCGCGAGCUCUCGGAGCCCCUCAACCCCGCUGAUGCGAACCGGUACCGCGCACAAAGGGAGCUUGCUACUACUGGUGGCAAGUCCGUAGAACGGAUCGAUCAAGGCACUUUCCAGAACAACCCAGUUGUAAAGGAGAAGAUCAACGUGCAUGUUAUUGAGGAGGUGCAGCCCGUUAUCUGGCGUACCAUUGACGAGACGCACGUCUACCACACCUCACAGCCCAUCUACGAGCACCACACGACGGCCCCUCGCGUGCAAGAAAUCCGAUACAACCCACCCAUUUCUUUGGAAGAGUUCGAGAAGCGUGGUGGCUCUAUGACCGGAACGGGGUUAUACCGCGCGGACGGAUCGGCGCCCACUGCCGGUCGUCCUUCGCUGGGUCUUCACUGAACAAGAGUUCUCUUGGGACUCCACAGAUGUUGAGCAUUUAUACCCUUUGGUGCUGCCAGCUGGAAAAGAAUCAGCGACCCGUUUACGUUAUAGUCCCGGGGAUAGAAAAA